CAGAUUUGAUGUAUCCAUGUAAUCAACACACGCAUUUUAACACCUGUAUAGAAGUAAAUCGUUGUUACUGGACACAUUAAAGCGAACAUUGUAGCGAUUUCAUCAGUUCAAACACACAUUAUUUUGCACAGUCAUUAUUUGCAGAGCGUUAAACUUGCAUAAACAUGCUUUUCGCUCGUUGUCUACGGUGUUCCACUGAAUAUUUGUUGCAGCCGCUGGGUAAAAAUCUAUUAAGAGCCACAAAAGUUACACCACAGUUAACAAUGGCAACCAGAAAUUUAAACAUUGAAGCAAAUGGAGACGAUUGUUUGGAAGACUACAAUUACGUUUUUAAACCUGAUUUGCUCAAAGAUAAAGUGGCCUUUAUUACUGGAGGGGGAUCAGGGAUCGGUUUCCGAAUUACUGAAAUAUUUAUGAGACAUGGAUGCAAGACGGCAAUUGCAAGUCGAAAAAUAGAAAGAGUUAAAGAAGCUGCUGAUAAAUUGACUGCUGCUACUGGUGUUGAAUGUUUUCCUUUACAAAUGGAUGUUAGAAAUCCAGCAGAAGUUGAUCAAACCGUGAAGAAUAUUGUUUCACAUUUUGGAAAGCUAGAUAUCCUGGUUAACAAUGCUGCUGGAAAUUUCUUGUGCCCUGCUGAAUCCUUGUCGGCAAAUGCAUUUAAAACGGUUAUGGAAAUAGAUACAAAUGGGACCUUUAAUGUGACGAAGUCUGUCUUUGAUAAUUAUUUCAAGGAGAAUGGGGGCAGUGUUGUAAACAUUACAGCAACCCUUGGUUAUAAGGGAACUGUUAUGCAGACACAUGCAGGAUGUGCUAAAGCAGCAAUAGAUACAAUGACAAAGCACUUGGCUGCUGAAUGGGGACAAUAUGGUGUUCGAAUUAAUGGAAUUGCUCCUGGUCCUAUUGGUGGAACUGUUGGAAUGGCAAAACUUGGUGGAAAAAGUGACAAAGCAGAGAUGAUGAAAAAAUCCAUUCCACUUCAGCGAUGGGGACAGAAAACUGAAAUUGCUGACAGUGUGUUGUACUUGGUCAGCCCUGCUGCUUCAUAUGUGACUGGUACAGUAUUAGUGGCUGAUGGUGGAAGUUGGUUGACAAGCUUUAAUGAUCCAACCAUGAUGCACAUGCUGAUGAAAAGCUCUAUGUGAUAUUACCAUCAUAGCUCAUUGUUUAAUUUUAAUGAUAAAUAAUCGCAUUGUAGUAACUUUAUCUGUCUUCCAAUUCAGACUUAACAUUGAAUACAUACAAAUCAAAUG